UGCAAAUCACGCACUUUCUUGGCAGAGAGAUUUUCUACCGACCACUUUGGCACUUGUUGGACUUCACUUGGAUGUCGAUGUGUCAUCUUCCAAAGCGUGGUUUGUUGACCGUGGUUGACGUAGAUCUAGUAGUGGAAGCCGAUGUUCAAACUCCUUCCACACAUCCACUGUCCAUGUAGUGUUGUUUGAGAGCAAGGAGGUAAUGGUUGUGUCUUUCCACUUCUUCAUCUCGAGUAAACAGUAGAUGCCAUCCGACGUCUUAGGUCUUGAUCUUACACCUUCACUUCAGCUAGCAUUGCAAAUUUCCGCUGGUUUGUGAGUUUUCAAAGAUUUCUCACGACCGUUCAGUGCUUGUUGGCGUCGAGAAGCACGUUUCGGUGAAGAGCUCACUUUGGUCUUCCACUAGGCCAAUUGAUUUGGAUUGAGGAAUGCAGAAAAAGGCGAAUGACGGAUCAAAGGCAGCCAUCCACUAUUGUGCAUCUUGUUGGAGGAUGCGUUAGUGGAUCAGCGGCGGCGAUUGCUACCUGCCCUCUAGAGGUAGUCAAGACUCGUCUUCAGGUAAGCAGGCAGCUGUGGAUUGCUGGGCCAGCGACGACGCAAUUCAACUUUCCUUGGCUCGCCUCCUCUGCCUGUGUCGUACGGCAGGCAUCAACGGAUGUUCGACAUUCUAAGCUCUCUAGACAUGCCUCGCUGGCUACUGGAAUUCCAUCAGUGUCCUCGGUCCAUGGCGAGACAUGGAAACCGCCGUGUGGAAUCGUCGGGUUCACAAGGUUUAUAGUUAGCACAGAGGGUCCUCGAGCCCUGUUCAAGGGCCUGGGCCCCACCAUGGCAGGAAUUGCACCAACCAAAGCAAUCUACUUCGCUGCGUAUAGUCGUGGUAAGAAGUUCUACGGCGACAUAUUUGGCCCGAACAACUCCACAGGACAUUUCUGUGCAGCGGCAUCAGCAGGUUCUAUUGUUGCCACUGCAACUAGUCCCAUCUGGGUACUGAAGACUCGUAUUCAGCUGGACCAGAGACGUGGCGUGGAGAUGCCCAACCUGUUUGAACGCAUUGUCCACAUGUAUCGACGUGAAGGCCUUCGCGCCUUCUACCGCGGCCUAUCUGCAUCGUACUUUGGCGUGUCUGAGACCGCUAUAUACUUUGUCCUGUACGAGAAGUUCAAGAUGAUGGCACGUGAUGCUGACGUCCAUAUGGGUCCUGCUCAGAUCGUUUGUGUAUCAGCAGUGGCCAAACUACUGGCCUGUAUACCCUGCUAUCCGCAUGAGGUCGCGAGAACUCGAAUGAGGCAAGCUGCAUCGCAUACAGGCCAAAGAAGGUAUACGCGUUUCCUGCCCACGCUUGCCACCGUCCUUCGGGAAGAGGGCGCGCGUGGACUCUACGGAGGUCUUGGUCCGCAUCUGAUGCGGGUCAUUCCCAACACGGCCAUCCUGUUUGCGUCCUAUGAGUUUGUCGUGCGGGUGAUGUCGGAGUGGUCCGAUUGAUACCGGUAACCUGGCACGUGUCCGGGUGCCAUUGCUCGUCUACUACUGGCAGUGAUUGUCUUUGGACAGCGAGUGCUUGUGACUGUCAGAGCUUGCUGCUGCAGCGUGCACCGUUACGAUGCAGUAGCAGCAGCAAGCCAGAGUGUUCUGCUGCUUACAAGGCAAGUAGACACUCGUCAUGACACGUCGCAGCAUGCUGUCCUAUUCGCCGAGAUGGACACUGCCUGGGCGUGUAAGUGCCUGCCGUGCCGUCCGCACUUCACUGCGCCCGCUGGCCACCUGGCUGUGCGUUACGUUUGUAAAUAUGCAGUGCUGACUGCCCGUAGCUUGCUUUAGGAAUGCCUCUACCUUGUAUAUAUAUAUAAUUAUAUGUGCUGAACCAUCUGCUCCUCAGUUCUUUGUACUCAAGGCUCAUGUUGUAUAUUAUAGUACUGAAGUGCUGCGAACCUAGUAAACAUUUGCAUCGCCUGGAUAUACUGCUUUCUGCUGCUAGACGUCAUCAUUGUGCUUUGCAUGUCCGCCGUUGAUGUUGAGCGUGUUAUGUAUGUCUGUCGAAGAUUUCCGAAACCGACUUUAUUCACUAUUCAGAGAUCACUGCUAUGGAGCAGUCUUCUACAAUGCGAUCAGUGCAGGUUUUAUCUUAUUUUACUGGGAAGUAACCUCUCUAGAAGUCCCGUGCUUUUUACCGCUAGGUGGGAUGUUAGUCCCACCUUAUCCUGUUCUGUCUUUGUCUGUUUUGACGAGAGUACCUUGCAGAAAGACGUUGAUUCUCUCUCUCUCCCUCCCUCUGUCUCUCUCUUUCUCUCUCUCUCUCUCUCUCUCUCUCUCUCUCUCUCUCUCUCUCUCUCUCUCUCUCUCUCUCUCUCUCUCUCUCUCUCUCUCUCUCUCUGCAUAUAUAUGUGUGUUUAUGUGUCUUCACUGUACCGCUCCCCCUCCCCCCGUAGACUAGUUAGUGCUUUAUGUUGUGUGCUUCGUGUUCGUUUUUAUCUCUUCCUCUUUUCUCAAGUUGGAGCCCGUGUCCCAAGUAGUAGCAGUUUUAUUAAGCUCAUCUUCAUCAUCCUGGUCAAAGUCAAAGUUUUACGAACGUUGCUGUGUGGAGCGUAUUGUCUCAAUUUAUCAGCAUAACAUCUUGUGCAUUCCUAUCUUGCAACAUUCAGAGGAUUUAAAAAAUAUGCUCUGCUCUCAUUCGA